CUUUACUGGGGUUCCGCCAUCUUUUUCUCUUCACCCCCAUCUAAAACUCUUGGUCUUCGUAGAAUUUAUUAGCUCUGUAAUGCAGAUUAAUUUUGGAAAUGGAAGUUUGGUUAAGUUAUUGGUGAUGAAUUUCAGUUCUUUUUCAGUAACUGAGUUGGGUCCAUGCUGUUUCUAGUCGUCGUUGGCAAGAGGAUGCAUUGAUCAAGGGAGUGGAGCUUACUGUUUAUUGAAUGGCAGAAUCUGCCGUGUCACCAUCAUAUGCCAAACUACAUUUGUGCAGAAGUGUCCUCAAGAGGAGCACCUUCAUACCUAGGAAUGCAUUUAGCGGAAUAGGCCAAAGAAAACAUUCAUAUGGGGUACAGAAACUUUUUGUUCAACUAUCAUCAUGCGAAUCAUGGGAACUCGGUGCACCUAUAGCCAAUAUCUCAAGACGAAGCCAGCGUUUUAGGGAGUUUUCCUUAAGGCACUGUUUCUUGGGGAGUUUGGCAAAUCCAGAGAAUGCAAUGCCCUUGGAGUGGGUGCCCAUUGUUGAUCAAGUACUUUUGAUGGCUAGUUUAGUCCUUGCAUAUAUGGCUGGGGUGGUACCGACUGAGAAGGCUAAUUUCAGUAAUAGAAGUAGCAAUGCAGGAAAUACUGUGGUCCCUGCAAACUCUACCUCUUCUGGUAGUGCAGCGAAGAAUGAUCAAAGAGUCAACUCAGAGUCUGCUUGGGAUGAAGUGAAAUCGAAAUUAAUCGGUGCUCUGAAUGCUAUUGAACAUGACGAUAAUUCAGAUAACAGAGCUGUUGAAUAUGAAAAGUGCAGCCCAAAGCGUCCUUUAAGUUUAUAUGCUGUUGAUGAGGGUCCUCGGUUGCGUUUGCUUUGGGCUACUUUACAGCAACUUGAGAAAGAGGUCAAUAAUAUCUCAGGGAAAUGUGCAAUCAUUAAUAGAAAUGAUUGGUUGGAAGUUUUAUCUGACAUUUUUCAAAAGUCCAGUCAACCAAUAUGCCUGAAAUGGCUUGAAGAUGAGCUUUACUUGGAAGGCAGGAACCCUGACAAGGCUCUUCUUUCUGUAAUGUUUGAGAAGUUGAAAGAUGAUGGAACUAUUUUACAGAACAUAAAAAAGUCCGGCAAGGAGGAUCUCUAUGCGGAUGUACUAUUGUUUCUUAGAUUUGGUUGUCGCAGGGGAGUUUGCUGUUAUGACUAUAAAUUGUUGACUGAACAUGGGAUUGACAUAUUAGAAGAUCUGGUGCUUACUUUGGCAGAUGGAAUUGCAAGCAUUUAUUUAGAGCUUAUUUCUGUUGACAGUAACUUGUCCAGUGAAAUGAAUAGCUUGGGUUUGACUAUGUGCUCUUUGUCAACCCGAUCACUUCAAAGAUUACGGAAUGAGGUUUGGCCACAGGUGGCAUUGAACCAGUGGCUUCAUCAAAACAUGGAAUCCAUUGUAUUGAUGUAUGAGGACCGCUUUGAGUUGUGCACUCUUCAGGUUCAGUUCCUCAAGGAGCAUAAGAAGAGUGGGACGGAAAAAUUAUACUGGUGGAAGAAGCUAGGUCUUGGAAAAUCUAAGCCAACUUUAUCCCCAUUAUGUUAUGUUGUCAUCAGUCAAUUGUCCAUCUCCCUGAAGAGGACCAAGGAGCUAAGAGCCUUGACUGGGUGGAGAUACUAUUUCAGCUUAUUUCUUGAGUUCUCCGAUAUUACAAUGCCCAUAGUUAAAGUCAUUUUUGCUAAGAUCAGCAGUGCUAUCUCUUUCUUUCUUGUUUCCUUGAUUGGGAGGUCCUUAGGAUUAAUCUACACUGGGAUAAGGCAAUCCCUGGGAUGGCGGUGAGAUCUAGUACCCUAUUUUUGGCUUGCUCUCCUUUUACUUCCAUUCUAUCUUCUCACAUUUUUAUUUUUUCAUUAUGUUUUGCAUUAUUCAGUUUGAAGGUUUAAUAUGUAACAUUAUCAGAGUGAGAUGUUCAUUUGAAAUUUUCUUCUCCCUAACUUUUACUUGCUGGCUCUUUUAGUUUUACAUCAUUAAUUUACAGAUUGGCCCAUUUAUUUGGU